AUGAGUGGGGACAUCUCCAACCAGGUCUGGUUGGUCAAAGAAUCUUCCAUGACAUCACAGAAGGUUUGGGUUGGAUCCUUGAAGACCAUCUACACCAUGAGUGCUGGAACAGAGGACCCAACACCACGGGACGAGGAGACGUCGCCGGGUGACACCAAAACCGGGGCCCAAGAAGAAGGUCAAGACGGUGCCAAGACCAAGGUGGUGCCACCACCACCCCCUCCACCCCCCAGGGGCGGCUGCACCGAGUGCGGGACCAGGACCCGACCCCAAAACCCGACCAGGCCGCGGCGCUGGCGCCGCCCCGGGGACCGCGGGGCCGGCGGCCUCGGGGACAAACCCCAUCGUUGCGGGGACUGCGGGAAGGGUUUCAGCAGGGGCUCCAACCUGGCCCAGCACCGCCGCAUCCACACCGGGGAGAGGCCCCAUCGCUGCGGGGACUGCGGGAAAGGUUUCAUCCAACGUUCCGACCUGGCCCGGCACCGGCGCGUCCACACCGGGGAGAGACCUUAUCCCUGCGGGGACUGUGGGAAGAGUUUCAGCGUCUCUUCCCACCUCGACCGGCACCGUCGGACCCACACGGGUGGGCCGGGCCCACCCACCAAACCAACACGACCUUCGGUUCCCACCCCAGAGUCUCCCCAUCGUUGCCCCGAUUGCGGGAAGAGCUUCUCCUUGGCAAACCACCUCACGGCCCGCAGCGGGGACCGCCCCCACCGCUGCGGGGACUGCGGGAAGAGUUUCAGCCGCGGCUCCAACCUCACCCAGCACCGCCGCAUCCACACCGGGGAGAGGCCCUUUGCCUGUGGGGACUGUGGGAAGGGCUUCAUCCAACGCUCCGACCUGGAGAGGCACCAACGCGUCCACACCGGGGAACGUCCCUACACCUGCGCCGAGUGCGGGAAGAGUUUCAGCGUCUCCUCCCACCUGGACCGGCACCAGAAGGUCCACGCGGCCGAGCGGGCGUCGUACCG